AAUGUCAAAACACACUCCGCAAGUGAAUCAGCAGCGCUGGUCACUGUAGACUUUCUGAAAUCACUAGCAAAACAAGCAAGCCUCAAACUCCUCAAGCGCUCCUCCCAGAGUAAGAGGCCUGUCAACACAUACGCUCCGAGGCUGACCCCCUGCACGCUGACACAAGAUGUCACAGGGAAGUUUCGUCUUCAGCCCCACCGCCCUGCGCUCAAUGGAGCGGGACAAGGAGCUGCUGGAGAGGCAACAGAACCAGAAACGUCUGGCCACUCCUGGAGCUAGCAGCUACUUUUUAAAGAAGGAAAUGAGAGAGAGAAGCGUGGCAUCGAGUCGUGGACCUUCUCAGCCACGGGCUCUGAUUUGUCAAGACCCGGUGGUCCAGAAUGCCCUGUAUACUGGGGACCUGGAAGCUGUGCGCCAACUGUUCUCUAAAGGAGCUCCAGCCAAUCUGGUGAUCCAGCCCCAAGGAGGAGACAUGCUCUGGGUGAAAGAGAGAGGAAUCUGGUCUCUCACCUAUGAGCAGGAGCUGACCACGCCCCUGCACAUCACAGCUGGGCGUGGCUUCACCGAGUGCCUGAAGCACCUGCUCCUGAGAGGCGCCAGUGUGGACCUGGCGCCGGGUGGCACCACCGCUCUGCACGAGGCCUGUGAGGAAUGCCAGCCCGAAUGUGCCAAGCUGCUGCUGUCCUACGGUGCCAACGCCAACGCUGUGAACGAGGAUGGCCUCAUGCCCCUCCACGUGUGCACGGAACCGGAGUCCAUCGAAUGUGCCAAACACCUGCUUCAGUUUGGAGCUGUGGUGAACGGCCGGAGCCUGGAGGAGGACGACACACCCCUCCACGUGGCCUGCCGCCACGGCCUGCCUGACCACGUCAAACUCUACCUGCGCUACGGGGCUCACCUGGAGCACCACAACGACGAGGGCAAGUCCCCGCUCAACGCCGCCUGCUCCGUGCCACAGGAGAAGGCCAAACUGGGCCGCUACCACCAGGUGUGCCAGCAUCUGGUGGAGGCCGGGGCCAACGUCCUCACGCAGGACCAGCAGCGCCAGUCGCCACUGCACAUGAUCUGUAAGCACAUAAACCCGGACGUGACGGACCUCCUGCUACAACACGGGGCCAGCGUCAACGACAUGUGCUACGGUGGCAAUGCGCCCAUGCACUACGUGCUGAAGCAGGUGGCCUACAAGCCAGAGCAUGAGCCCGAGAGAGUGGUGCAGGCGCUACUCAACUACGGAGCGGUACGAGUCUGGCCCGGAGCACUAACCCAGGUUCUGAAGUGCUGCUGCACUGCUCCUCGUGUCAUUGAGGUUCUCCUGAACACAUACGACCGCCUCAAAAUCACGGACUCCUGGGCGGAGGCCAUCCCACCUGAUGUAUUCAAGCAACACCAAGGUUUCUAUGAGUCUGUGUUCGCCCUGACCCAAACCCCUCGGUCACUACAGCAUCUGGCCCGCUUCAGACUACGGAACUAUCUUGAGGGACGCCUGCACAAGGUUGUCCCCAAACUGGACCUCCCCACCUUCUUGAAGAACUACCUUCUGCUGAGUUUCAGAGACUAUGUCCACUGAGGACAGGUCUUUGUUAUGUCUCCGAGCCCUUUCAAGGACAGAUUUAAUACUGUAUAUAUUGUUUAACAUAGUUCUCUCCACAGCUGUGUGGCUUGGCUAAGGUUCACAUGCUAUCAAAGCUGGUUCUGUCCUUGGUUUUAAUCCCAGCAUAUAACUGUACAUAAUAACUUGUCAGUAUGUGCUAAUGUCUGGAUUAUUGUGUAGAAGGAUGUUUGGAAGAAGUGUAUUUAGUUUAUUCUCUCUAGCAAUGUGGUAAUUUCAUUUAGCAAGAGAUGUGAUCGCUUAUGGAAGGUCUUUUGCUGAGAAUUUGUGACUCAUUUCUUUGAAUCAAAUAUUUGGUAAUAUCAAAUAUGUAUAUAUUGGUAACACUUUUUAAAAAGAAAUAGACAGGCUUUAAUGUAGUAAUGUAAUUUGCAUAUAAAAAUGGUUUUGAGUGGAGCAAUCUCAACAUUUAAUCUGUAAAAUGGUACUAAAAUAGAUUAUUGUUUUUAAACAAAUGAGGAUGUAAUUAAACAACCAUAAUAUUUUAAUAUUGAUUUAUAUGGAAUUGAUCAUUUAAUUGAAAAAAGCCUCUUAGUCUCGGUUAAACAUUUACAUUAAAGAGGCAAUGUUGCCUUUGUGUACGACCAUAAAGAGCUAGCGCUUGUACCACAAGGGGGUGCUACGGUCAUUACGUGACAAAUUACAAAACCGCGAAUAGUGCCUUUUCCACAGUCAAUUAAGUUUGGUGAUACUGGAUUUAGGAAUGAGCCGAAACAAUUACAAAAUCUAAUAAAGAGAGAUCCAUGCCUUAUGAUGUUCAUUCAAACGUUCAAUGUACAAUCUAAGCUCUAAAACUAUAUUACACAAACCUUACAAUGUAACUUUUAGAGAGCAAUAUCACAUUUAUACUUUGUAUUUAUAUAAAACUAUGCCGCACUAUUCGUAAUAUUACACAGCAAGAAGGUGGUUGAAUGUAUGCCUAUUUGAAAUAGGCUUUCAUUUGGAUACUUAAAAAUUUGAAUGUACAAUGCGGUCUUCGUUUUACUUAAUUGAUUUCAACUGAAUUUGAAUUGCCAUUCAAAUUGUUAAUGGAUUCCUUGCGUUUUUUGCGUUAUUCUAUCAGUUUAAAUAUGUGUGGUAUUCCUUUUUUAUGUGAUACUAGACUUGAAAAAAAAUGAAUGUUGUGAAUGAAUGUGACAAGAUUAUAAUAAAUAAAGUGUACUAGGAAAAAA